AUGAUAAUAUCACCUUCAUCCAACAGCAUCAGUUCACCUGUCUUAGUUGACCUGACCCCAUUACCAGGUGAAGAGGAUAAACAGAUAUUCUACCCAUUGGAUAUCAACUCGAUCGAUCAAGUCGAGAAAGAUAAACCACUACCUAUUCCACCUACAACAGCGACAGCCCCGUCACCAUACGGCAUCAUGUCAUCUGCCAACCACCAAGGGGAUGGUCGUUCGACUGAAUUUCCCGAAUUACCACCUGCCCCACCUUCAAGAGUGAUUGGACAAGGGUACUCAGCCAAUAAUCCCGUACCGACGGUCCAGCAAUAUAAAGAAGAUCAGAAACAGCAUGAAGCUGAUGCCCAAGCAUAUGCAGAUAUCGUGGAAAGAAGAAGGAUCGAAGCGGAACAAAGAGAGAAACAAGCUCAGCAAGAGAAAGAAAAGCCAAAUGCCCGAGAAGGAGCAGAGGGAGGAGCUGUGAGAGCAGGGAAAGAUGAAGAGACUAAUGCAGUCAAAGCUCAAAAGGAUAAGAAAGACGAACCGACACCUGGUACAGGAGCGAAUGAGAAAUCUAGAUUGAUGGAACAGAUGAAUGCUAAUCAACUAAAACCUACCGAACGAUUCCAGAAAGCUGAAAAAGGCCAACGAAGAGUCAGAGAUCCUAUCACCGGUGCCGAAGUGAUCGUUAAAGAUGCUGAUCCCAAAGAUUUCGACGCGAGCAUACCAGCUACUAAAGGAACCAAUGCUCUAUACCAUGCUUUCCCACCUCCUCGACCAGUCUCAGUAGACGCUAUGAUCGACAAACUCAAAUUACUUCAAUACGUCGUCUUUGGCUCGAUGUUCGUAAUUUGGUUGAGCGUCUCAUUCGGUUCAGGCUUCUUCAAACUUAUUUGGAGAUCUAUCUUAUGUGGUACGGUCGGAUUCGUCUUGAUGACGCUUAUCAGUCUCGUAGAAAGAGGUUUGGAUAAAGAGAUUGAGAGAGUCAGACAGGAUAUGGGCAGACAAAGGGGUGAAGCUUUCAGUCCACCUUUACCCGAGAGUGUGGAAUGGUUGAAUGGUUUGAUCAAGUUGAUCUGGGGUUUGAUCGAUCCUGCCCUCUUCAUCUCCGUCGCUGACAUGGUCGAAGACAUUCUCCAACAAUCACUUCCCGGUUUCGUAGAUGCAGUUAGAAUCACCGAUUUGGGACAAGGUUCAAACCCACUUAGAAUCACGUCUAUCCGAGCGUUACCAGACCAGCCUGGAGAUGAGGGUUAUCCUAAAUCAGGAUGGAUCAAUCAAGGUAACGAAGAUAUCCACUCUAAAGAUACUGCUGGAAAGGAUAUUACGGAAGAUGAAGCUGGAGACUACUACAAUUUCGAAGUUGCCUUCUCUUACGCUGCUUUACCUGGACAAGGGGCUCAGCUCAGAGCUAAGAACAUCCAUCUCUUGAUUGAAUUCUUCCUGGGCCUUUACGACUGGCUUCACAUACCUAUCCCCAUCUGGAUCCAGGUAGAACAGAUCUUCGGUGUCGUUCGACUUCGAGUCCAAUUCAUCCCUGAACCACCUUUCGUACGAAACUUGACUUUCGCUCUUUGCGGUGUCCCAGCCGUAGAAGUAUCCGCUAUUCCCAUGUCCAAACAUCUACCUAACGUAUUGGAUUUGCCCUUCGUCUCGUCAUUCGUCAAAAUGGGUAUCGCAGCUGGAACUGCUGAAUUGGCUGUUCCCAAAUCAAUGACUCUCAAUAUCCAGGAACUAUUAUCAGGAGCUGCGGUCGGUGAUACCAGAGCCAUCGGUGUAUUCCUAAUUACGAUUCAUCACUGUGAAGGAUUAUCGGCUCAAGAUAAUAAUGGUUCUUCAGACCCCUAUGUUGUGUUGGCAUAUGCCAAGUUCGGUAAACCCUUGUACUCCACUCGAAUCAUCCUUGAAGAUCUCAACCCUGUGUUCGAAGAAACUGCUGUUCUCUUAUUGACGAUGGAUGAAGUCAAAGCGAAAGAAGAUUUGGCGGUUAUGCUUUGGGAUAGUGAUAAGAUGAGUGCAGAUGAUCUUGUUGGUCGAGUGCAGGUCCCGGUUGAAGAGCUCAUGUUAAAACCUAACGAGAUGAGACGUCGGGAAGAUAAAUUAAUGGGCUUCGAAGAUGCCAAUGAUAUGCCAGGCAAAAUCGUUUGGUCCAUUGGAUACUUUGAGAAAGCUCCGCUUAUCAAAGAUCUCGAAAGAGGACCUACCGUUGAAGAAGCCAAAGCAACACCCGACCCGCCUAAGACCGCCCCCGAAAUGGAAAUGUUACCUCAGGACGCUGCCCCUAACCCAGCAAAGAAGGACUUGCCGCCUCCUCCACCAGACGUUCAAAAAACCAAACCCGAUCCAAAAUGGCCCUCUGGUGUAUUGUCUAUCAUCUUACAUCAGGUGAAUAACCUCGAAAGACAGAACUUGGAAGGUGCAAGUGGAGAUAGAGAAGGUGAAGCUGGACAAGAUACCGACCAACCUUCUGAACAAUCUGAAAACCUUCCUUCGGGCUAUGGUGAAUUCUUGGUCAACGAUGAUAUGGUAUACAAGACUCGAGUGAAGCAAUACACUACCAAUCCAUAUUUCGAAGCUGGUACGGAAGUUUUCGUCAGAGAUGUCGAAAACACCGUCGUUAGAGUGGUGAUCCGAGAUUCAAGAUUGAGAGAAGCCGAUCCUAUUCUUGGUAUCAUUUCAGUCAGACUUUCAGAGGUAUUCGCGGAGGCUAGUAGUGUCACGCAGGUCUAUGCUUUGACGGAAGGUGUAGGAUUCGGAAAAGCAAACAUCUCUUUCGCAUUCCGAGGGAUGCAAACCACCUUGCCUAAAAACAUGCGAGGAUGGGAUACCGGUACACUUGAAGUUUCCCAAGUCUCAGCUAAUAUCCAUCAAGAUAAGACUCAGUUGUUCGAACCUAAAGCUUCUCGACUAAGAGUUGUCACCUCCGAGAAAGUCGAAACGUUACCUAAGAAAGAUGCCGAAGUUCAAGGCAACUCGAUGAGCUGGGAUUUAGACCUAUUGCGUCUCCCUGUCUAUUCAAGAUAUCAAUCUUCCGUCGUCUUCGAAAUCGGUAAAGGCGGUGGGCCAUUAUCCGCUCUUGGGGUAGGAGCCAAACCCGAUGCCGUAGCUGUAAUUUGGAUGCAAGAUCUGACUGAUGAUGUGGAGCAACAAGUCAAAUUACCUAUAUUGGUUUCGUCAAAUAUCCAAAAUUUGAAACAGAACGCUAUCAACGACCAGACCAAGAAGUUCCACGAUUUCGAGAUCGUUGGAGAGUUGACGGCAAGAUUGAAAUUGGAUAGUGGUUUAGAUGAAGAUCAUGAGACUAUCAAACAAGGUCAAUCUAGGAGACAUGCUCUUGAAGCUCACGACCAUAUCGAAGGCGAAGCUGAGAUCGCACGUAAACAAGCUCGGUUCGACGAUGAUGGAGUGAUUGACAAGAACGAGCAAAAGCAGAUUGAUAGAGCUCAUAAGAGACAGCUCGAAUCGAGAGGAAGAGGUUUAGCUCAAGUGAAAGCUUAUAGAUCUGCCAAAUGGAUGAUGAGGGGUGUUAAGGAUCGAAUACCUGGUCAGAAGAAGACCAGAGAGCCUACCGUCCAAACUGAAGCGUAA